AUGGGAGUGGGGAACCUAUUUGUGCUCUUUUCGGACAGUUUGGUUUUCGCCUCUUCCGAAGUUUUGUGUCGUGUAUAUCCUAUCAUCGAUAUUACUAUUUCAGCCCCUCCAGGGUCGAUGCAGUUCUAUCCGCUAAUUUUGCUGUCCAUUUUACCUUGCUGCUUCGCAGCGGGUACUUUGACAGUUGUAAUCGACCUUAACGAGAAGUUUCUGGAUGUCAUGAAUGAAGGAUUCUGGAUUGUGAAAUUCUACGCUCCUUGGUGUGCUCACUGCAAACGACUUUUCCCAGUAUGGGAACAUCUUGGACAUGCAGUCAAUGAUAAAAAUCUGCCAGUGAGAGUUGCAAAGAUGGACUGCACACGUUUCACCAGUGUCUGCAACAGCCUUUCCAUAUCAGGAUACCCCACAAUUCUUUUCUUCCGUCAAGGGCUCAGGCUAGAAUAUACUGGAGAACGCAGCAAGGAAGACCUAUUUAACUUUGUCGUUAAAAGUUCAGCGCCAAUUAUAGAAAAAAUCAACGCUGUGAGAGUCAACGACGUCAGUCUUCCUCUAGCUCUUCUUUAUUCUAAUUCAUUCAGCAUGGCUUGGAGGUUUCUGAUACAAAAUACUUUAGAAUUCUUUUUAGAAGGGCUGGAGAGUUGGAUUAUGGCCGAACGAUGGCCGUUAAUGCCUCGUGCGUCUGGUGUAAAUCUACGUGAUCUGGCGACUACUAAGAAACUGCUCGUACUCGUGAUAAGUAAUGAGGUUCGCGUUAUAUUUAUCGGCUUGAAGGCUCGUGGGGCAGCUGAAGACUUGCGUAAAUCACAAUACCUAUGGUCCCGCUAUCAAUUUGCGUGGAUGGAUGGAGCAGAUAUAGUUUCCACUAUAGUUAUGAACAGUAUGGAAGCUCCUAAUAUUAUCGUGCUGAAUUACACAACAUACGAAUAUUUCCUUAAUGAAGAUGAUCCGGAGAAGGUGACGCGUGGAUCUUUAGUGACUUGGCUUAGUAAUCUGGCUGAUGGGACUGAGAAGGGGACGGCCACUCCUCUAGGAGGUCGUUCGUUGCUAACUCGGAUACGCCGAAUUAUUUUCGAAUUGUACAUGAACGUCACCCAAAUGUUCGCUACGCAACCACUUUUGUCCUCAGUUUUGUUUGGGAUGCCAAUUGCAUUUCUUAGCAUUAUUUCUGUCUGCUAUCUGUUCUUUCUUACCCUUUUUUUCGGCCGUUAA